AACUGCCUCUGUUCGCCGUGCGGGCUGGGAGCAGCCUGCUCGUCCGCCUCCUGCCCGGCUCCGCGAGUCUCCUCCCCCAAGCCUCGGCUGCUGCUCCGCCUCCCUCCCCGCGGGCUGUCCCCGCAGUGCCCCGGGACCCGGCGAGCCUUCGGGGCGCGCGUCGCUGCUGGUGGUUGGGGCUGUAGCGAUAAUAAAUGAUAGAGGAUACAAUGACUUUGCUGUCUCUGCUGGGUCGCAUCAUGCGCUACUUCUUGCUGAGACCCGAGACGCUCUUCCUGCUGUGCAUCAGCUUGGCACUGUGGAGUUACUUCUUCCACACGGACGAGGUGAAGACCAUCGUCAAGUCCAGCCGGGACGCCGUGAAGAUGGUGAAGGGCAAGGUGGCCGAGAUCAUGCAGAACGAUCGGCUCGGGGGGCUCGACGUCCUGGAGGCCGAGUUUUCCAAGACCUGGGAGUUUAAGAGCCACAACGUGGCUGUGUAUUCCAUCCAGGGCCGGAGAGACCACAUGGAGGACCGAUUUGAAGUUCUUACGGACCUAGCCAACAAGACGCACCCGUCUAUCUUCGGGAUCUUUGACGGACACGGGGGUGAGACUGCAGCUGAAUAUGUAAAAUCGAGACUCCCAGAGGCCCUUAAACAGCAUCUUCAGGACUACGAGAAGGACAAAGAAAAUAGUGUUCUGUCUUACCAGACCAUCCUUGAACAGCAGAUUCUGUCAAUUGACCGAGAAAUGCUAGAAAAAUUGACUGUAUCCUAUGAUGAAGCAGGUACAACGUGUCUGAUUGCUCUACUAUCAGAUAAGGACCUCACGGUGGCCAAUGUGGGUGACUCGAGAGGGGUCCUGUGUGACAAGGACGGGAACGCCAUUCCUCUGUCUCAUGAUCACAAGCCUUACCAACUGAAGGAGAGAAAGAGGAUAAAGAGAGCUGGUGGUUUUAUCAGUUUCAAUGGCUCCUGGAGGGUCCAGGGAAUCCUGGCCAUGUCUCGGUCCCUGGGGGAUUAUCCGCUGAAAAAUCUCAAUGUGGUCAUCCCAGACCCAGAUAUCCUGACCUUUGACCUGGACAAGCUCCAGCCCGAGUUCAUGAUCUUGGCAUCAGAUGGCCUCUGGGAUGCUUUCAGCAACGAAGAAGCCGUUCGAUUCAUCAAGGAGCGCUUGGAUGAACCUCACUUUGGGGCUAAGAGCAUAGUUUUACAGUCAUUUUACAGAGGCUGCCCUGACAAUAUAACGGUCAUGGUGGUGAAGUUCAGGAAUAGCAGCAAAACGGAAGAGCAGUGA